UUUUUUUUUUAUUUAUUGUACAUUAUACAUUACUCUCAAUGACUGACAUUCACCAACUUGGAGACAAAGAACUUUUGGAUAGAAACACGGCUAAUUCUUUGGAUGCGCAGGAUCCGUUAUCCAAAUUUAGACAAGAAUUUGCCAUUCCUACUCGAGGCGAUGUUGCUGGUGACAAGCCUAUUGUGGAAAAAGAAACUGAUUUGGAAGAACCAUGUACUUAUCUAUGUGGGAACUCGUUGGGAUUGAUGCCAAAACAAACACCCAUUCUGGUGAAUCAAGAAUUCGAUGCUUGGAGUCGUCGAGGCGUUGAAGGACACCGAAACCAUCCAUAUAAUCGACCUUGGGUUACUGUUGAUGAACAAGUGAAAGAACAUCUUGCAAAUCUUGUUGGUGCAAAGCCUGUUGAAGUAACGGCAAUGAAUACAUUGACUUCCAAUUUACAUUCUAUGAUGACCACAUUUUUUCGACCUACCAAGGAUAGAUUUAAGAUUAUGAUUGAAGCAAAAGCAUUCCCAUCCGAUCAUUAUGCCGUCAGUUCUCAUUUAGAAUCAAGAGGUCUAGAUCCUGCCACUGCUUUGAUUACCAUUGCUCCUCGUGCCGGUGAAUUGAAUUUACGUACUCAAGAUAUUUUGGAUACAAUUGAAGGUGAUAAGAGCAUUGCCCUGGUGAUGUUAAGUGGUGUACAAUAUUAUACUGGUCAAUUCUUUGAUAUUCCCAAAAUCACCAAAUUUGGUCAAGAAAAGGGCUGCAUAGUAGGUUGGGAUCUCGCUCAUGCUGUUGGCAAUGUACCUUUGAAACUACAUGAAUGGCAAGUGGACUUUGCUUGUUGGUGUUCCUACAAGUAUUUGAAUUCUGGAGCUGGUGGUAUUGCUGGUCUUUUUAUUCAUGAAAAAUAUGCAAAGGAUACUUCUCGACCAAGAUUAGCUGGAUGGUGGGGAAAUGAAAAGGAAAAUCGAUUUGAUAUGUCUCCUGAGUUCCGUCCUAGUGAAGGCGCUUCUGGAUAUCAACAAAGUAAUCCCAAUGUAUUGGCAACCAUUGCAUUAUUAUCGUCCUUACAAAUUUAUGAACAAGCUGGAGGUAUUGAAGCUUUGCGUAUCAAAUCAUUGAAGCUCACCGGGUAUCUGGAAAAAUUGUUGCAUCUGGUGCUAGAUGCCCAUUUCAAGGCCGAUCAUAUCCGUAUUUUAACCCCUGCCGAUCCUGAACAACGUGGAUGUCAAUUGUCUUUGGAAUUCCCUGAACGAAUGAUGGAUGUGUUUGAUGGUUUACAUGCUUAUGGUGUGAUUUGUGAUGAAAGAAAACCUACUGUUAUCCGAUUGGCUCCUGUACCUCUGUACAACUCCUUUGCUGAUGUAUACCGUGCUGUCAUGUGUCUGGCAAAAGUGAUGGAUCAAGUUUAUUCCUCCUAGUUAGAAUCACUUUCCCCCUCCUUUUUAGUCAAUAAACUUUUUUUUUUUAUGAUUAA